CCUGUUGUCUCCUCUUACAGCCCAGUCAUUCAGAAGAUCCGUGCAGAAUGUGCAGAGCCCUUCCUGGCUUUUGAACAGUGUUUGAAGCAGAAUCAAUCUUCUGUCGUGAAUUGCACGGACCAUGUCAAUGAGUUCCUGGCCUGUGCAGAGAAGGUCAAAAUGCCAGCUUUAGGUAAAAAAAAAUCUCUAAUUCAAAGAUUUAACAAAUCUGUCAAAGCUCAGUAAAUACA